UUUAAAGUUGAAUUUACAAUAGUCAAAAUAGUUAUUUUCUUUAAAAAUCGUCAUUUUAAAACCUAUCUCUGAACUUAUAAAUGCACGCGCUGGGCGGGAAUACUCACUCUCGCAUGCUCCAGGAUUGACAUGGCGUCGUGCGCAGUACAGAUGAUUGGCAAAGUAACGAGGAAGAAGGUUGAAAAACUGAAAUUUGAAACAAACAUUUUGAAGGGCCCUUAUAUGAAGCACCCUUUACAAAACAGAUGGGGCCUUUGGUUCUACAAGAAUGAUAAGAGCAAAAUGUGGCAAGACAAUCUAAGGCUCAUCACCAAGUUCGACACAGUUGAGGACUUCUGGUCAUUAUACAACAACAUACAGCCUCCAAGCAAACUCUCCUCUGGCUGUGACUACUCUAUGUUCAAGGAUGGAAUUGAGCCCAUGUGGGAAGACAGGAGUAAUAAAUGUGGUGGCCGCUGGUUGAUUACUCUAGCCAAGCAGCAUAGACACACAGAACUUAACCAUUUUUGGCUGGAAACGCUGUUGUGUCUUAUUGGAGAGGGCUUUGGCUCCUUCAGUCGGGAUAUCUGUGGAAGUGUAAUCAAUAUUCGUGCCAAAGGGGACAAAAUUGCCAUCUGGACCUCCAAUGCUGAGAACUGUGAGACCGUGACAUACAUUGGUAAGAAGUAUAAAGAAAGUCUUGGGCUUCCGCAGAAACUUGUCAUUGGAUAUCAAGCCCAUGCAGACACUGCGACUAAGAGCAACUCCAUAACCAAAAACAAGUUUGUUGUUUAAAAGUGGGCUUUAGUUUGAUGCUGUUGCAGAGGCCUGGAAGUUUAUAUUGGUAAAAGAAUAAUCUUGUAUUUAUAUUUUUUGUUACUUUAUAUGUGUGGCUGUAACUUGUGGUAUUUAAAUUCACCUUGAUAUGUAAGACUUUGUAAAUGUUGAACUUGUUUGAGUUGUACUUUUUGUGCUAUUGAUGGGAUGUCUAAACUUCUAAGACCUUUUUCUUUGAAAAUUAAAACGAACUACUUUUGCAAA